GGAAGGUGAGGGCGAGGCGGCCUCCGGGUGGGUCCCGUGAGAACCGGAGGGGCUGAGUAAGGACAGGUCUUGGGAGACGCAGCGGAGGAAAGUGCCAGGCCUCCGGAGCGGCCGAGCAAAAGAGCGGGACUUGCCUAAUCUCAGGAAACAGGCUCGACAGCUGGAAAAUGAACUUGACCUGAAGCUGGUUUCCUUCAGUAAACUGUGUACAAGUUACAGUCACAGCAAUGCCAGAGAUGGAAGACGCAACAGUUCUGACACAACACCCCUUUUGAAUGGAUCAAGCCAGGACAGAAUGUUUGAGACAAUGGCAAUUGAGAUUGAACAACUAUUGGCAAGGCUUACAGGGGUAAAUGAUAAAAUGGCAGAGUAUACCAACAGUGCAGGUGUGCCCUCCUUGAAUGCAGCAUUAAUGCAUACGUUACAGCGACAUAGAGACAUAUUGCAGGAUUAUACACAUGAAUUCCACAAAACCAAAGCAAACUUUAUGGCAAUACGGGAAAGAGAGAAUCUCAUGGGAUCAGUACGAAAAGAUAUUGAGUCAUACAAAAGUGGGUCUGGAGUAAACAACAGAAGAACUGAAUUAUUUUUAAAAGAACAUGAUCACCUUCGAAACUCAGAUCGUCUGAUAGAAGAGACAAUAAGCAUUGCUAUGGCAACAAAAGAAAAUAUGACUUUACAGAGAGGAAUGUUGAAGUCAAUUCAGAGCAAAAUGAACACUUUGGCCAAUCGUUUUCCUGCUGUGAACAGCCUGAUCCAGAGGAUCAACCUUAGGAAGCGGCGAGACUCACUCAUCCUUGGUGGUAUUAUUGGUAUCUGUACCAUCCUAUUGCUGCUGUAUGCUUUUCAUUGAUGGGACAUCUCCAGGGACUCUUGACAGCCACCACUUUCGUGCCCUGAUCUGGAACAAGGAACUGUAGGAGGGAGAAGUUGACUGUGCUAAUAAUCAGCCUGAUCAGCCAGAUGAAUUCAAGACUGACAGUGAUGAAUUCUGUGAUACGGUCAGGUUGAGCUAAAGCCACAGUUUUUCUGUGCUAUCUUUUCUAACACACAUUUUUCUGGUUUUAGUUUAAAAAAAAGAAAGGGGCGGGGGGGGUUUCAUUUGCUUUUGUCUCCCUAGUAAGUAAACCAAUGAACCAAUCAAAAACAAAGUUUCCGUGUUUCAGUGCUAGUGUUGAAGCCUGAUGAUAAGCCAGUUCUUAUAGCGUGACUCUUCGGAAAAGCCAGGUUUCUCCACAUCCAGACUGCUUUCCUUUUUGCCACCAGAUUGAGUUGUGAGUAAAAAUAAUUUUUGUCCUCUUAUUUUACAUUCAUGAUGAGAAAUUACAACCGCUUUCUUGAUGAUCUGUACUUUAAAUUUCUACUUUGUGUCCUCACUCCUUUGGUAUUCAAGGAAAAUUUUGUCUUUCAAAGAUUCUUUGAGAUGCUGAUUGGCCAACUUCAGCAUGUUUGAGGUUGUCUGAAAUGGAAAACACUGCAAAAUAGCUUUUGUCUUUUUUUUUUUUUUUUUUUGUGAACACAUUGUGGUUAACUGUAUUGCUGAAAAAACAUUGAGAAUGACAGGCUGUUUUUUAAGGAGCCAGUCAUUGUUUUGAUUUUUUUGUUUAUUUCUUCUAUUGGAUUAAUAUUUUCUACUACAAGAAAAUGAAAUCUCAAUUCUACCAUGACAAAAGAAACUAAUAGACAGUGCCCUCAUCUGUUCCUCAUCAUGUCAAGAUUAACAUUGGUAACUAAGUGAGGGGCUGCUCAGUUUUCAUGAAAUUUAUUCAACAAGCCACAUGUAAAAAGGUAUUGAGGGGUCACUAUCCAGAUGAUUCCAUUUGUAAGUGCUUUGUAACUUAUAAAUAAGUUUAAGAACUGUUGCCUAAUGUACCAGAAAUUUUGUGUUCUGUGAAAAUCUAUUCAUUCCAAAUCCGUUAAGCUUUUCCAGACAUCCAGAGAGUGGUUUCACUGUUGAAGGUACACGUAGCAGAAUCUCUGUCUCUAGCUGCACCUGUCUUCUAUUACCGUCCCUGGACAGUGACAAAAUUUUAAACCACCCACCAGAAUUCUUUUCAUUUUUCAGUUUCUGUAAAUUCAUUACCUGUCUUACUGAACUACCACAUAGUUCAAAGACUUCCAACACCUGCACUCCUCACUCAGAAAGAAAGCUGAUCUUCACCAUUGGAAUUUACUACAUUUAUAAUAUUAGCUUCAAACUGUGCCACAAGGAAUAAAAAAUAUUAGCAUGUAGUUCUUGACUACAUCAUGGUGUAUACCUGCUGUUGUCAGGUGCACUUGAUGUAUAGGCUGAUGAGUAGAAUAACACCCAGUCUGGUAUAGAUACUGAGAAGUUUUUCAUUCUGGGGUCAAGGUUUCAUUACAUUCUAGGUAUGGACAGCAUUUGAUAUAUUUUUCUUAACUAUGGGGUUUAUUUUUCUAAAAACGGGUUGGUUAAUCAGUUCAUUGGCUGCAGAUUCCCUUAAAAGAAAAGUAAAAGUUUUCCCUUAAAGGAUCAGGGAAGUAAGUUCAUUUGUUAAAUUCUCUGUUGGGAAAACAAAACUUCUCUCCCCAACACUUUAUUAUCUUUGAUUUUUCAAAGGGCCUUGAUGGGUGGUUGUGUCUCGGCUAGAAUUUAUGGGACUUUGGUUGCUAUAUAGCUGGCAUUUACAAAAUCUGAAGUAUCAUAAAUAAAGUUAUUUAUUUAAUUAUUCCACCAGUCUUUUUUACUGGUCUGAUUAUUUGGUGCAUUUGUUGAAGCUAACUGAGAAUAAAACUAGGAUACUAGCUGAUCUAGCCUGCUACAGCUAAGCAGACUGCUUUGCUGGCUGCGGAGCCUUUCUGUUAGGAUUAUGCUUAUAUGAAGUAGUAAAGUUGGUUAUUUUCCUUAUGAAAAUAAAGAAACUAGUUCUUCCAAGGAAGUUGAAAAAGCUUAGUGUGGAUGUUGAUGUCAGAUAGAUCUGACUAACCUCCCAGUGCUGUAGCCCAUAGUGAGGGGACCCAGGGCCAGAUGUAGACAGCUAGGACAGUGCUCUUUUCCUCUCUGGUUCUUUCACUUGCAGAAAGAAACCCUGGGCAAAGACGUAGAGGUGUUUACAGGAAGGAGCUCCGUUUGGAUCUUGGGAUAGCUGAUCUGAACUCUUUCAGCUUCAUGCCAUUUAACUUUUUGUUUAACCAUCUUGGUUUCCCCCUACUCCCCUUUUUGCUUUCUUCUUUACAGACCGGUUCCUAGGCUCAGGAGCUAACAACAGUAAGUUACUUGUUAAAGCCCAUCAGAGCUGGGAAGCCAGAAGGAAUUUUCUACUGGGUCCAAAUAAAUGGUGCCUCUUAGGGGAAGUUAUCCUCCUUUAGCAUUGUCUUAUGUGAAGAAUCUUUCUUUUUUGGAUCUUUUUAAGUAACCACUCAGAACUUUUCACUUCGCUCAAAAAUGUGAAAAACCAUUGCAACAAAAGGGCAGAAAAUUCCAAAAGAUAUAUUUCUUUCUUUUGGAAACAGAGUCUCCCUAAUGUCACCGUGGCUAGAGUCCUGGGACUGCAGGCAUGUGCCACCAGGUCCUCCUGAUUUUUCUGUUUUUUGUAGAAAUGGGGUCUUGCUCUUUCUCAGGCUGGUCUCAAACUCCCAGCCUCAGGCAGUCCUCCUGCCUCUGCCUUUGCCUCCGCCUCCACCUCCCAGAGUGCUAGGAUUACAGGCGUAAGCCACCAUGUCAGCUCCCAGAGGUGUAUUGCUAAGAUUUUGUUUUAAUAUGCUGAUGACCUUAGUAACAAUAAUCAAUAAAUCUGUUACUCAAAUUCAGUCUCCCAGGUCCAAGUGCAAUCUUUACAUUCUUUUUAUUAUUGGUGAUGCUGAAGGACUCUCUAACCUGCAUUGCUCACUUUGAUUUUUAUAUUAGAAAGGGCCUUUCCUUCUCUACUCUUUCUCUGCUUUUUCCAUUCUGCCUGCUGCUCAGAUCAGGCAUGGGAGUAAACACCUAAGAAUGGAAACAGGUAAUGAGAAAAGACAUCGUGAGGGCACUUUUGUACCCGGAAGCAAAUAAUAUUAGUUCUUUCAUACUGGAUGUGAGUACAUCUGAAUGGAGAAAUAUACCUACGGAGCCUUUUGAUGCAUUGACUCUUGGCCUCUUUUGGAAUUGAAGCACCUUGUAUUUGCAUUGUCUCCAUUAAUUUUCUAUUUUAAUGUUAAUGCUCUUGAUCUAAUUAAAAUGACUUUAAAGAACUAGACUAGCCUUUUGGUUUUUAAUAUCUCAUGUUCAAUCAUUAGCCAGAUAUGAUUUGUGGAAAUCAGUUGGCCAGAUUGUCUAAUUUACAGUAGUAAGCUGAUGGGGAUAAACGGCUGUCUGGUGUCACAAUCAAUUUUGUGGCAAAUACAACUAAAGAACAACUGGGGUCUACUCAGAAAAUUACAUUGUGUUCCAUUCUCCUGUUAGGUUUAGGGAUUGUUUAGCCUGGUCUCCAAAAAGAUGCAGAACUUUCCAUCAUGGUCUGAACAAGCUAAUCUUGUUUAUUCCUUUAUAAACCUGCUUACCCUUAAGUUUUAUAGGUAAAGAGAAAAUGAGGAAGGAACAAGUGAAUUUAUCCAGGGAUAUUUCUUGGAUAAGAAGCUAAAACAAAGCCGAGCCGUGAUCUCGAAGGAUCUUUUUCAUUUUCUCUGUACCUAAGAUCAAACUUUAGUAUCAAAGUAUUUGCAUCCAUCCCUGCCCUAUUAGCUCUUAAAGAAGAAGGGAAGUCAAUUUAUAUCACACUUUGUUAUGAUGGAAGAUGUUUCCUCAUCAAAAAUGCCAAUACAGAUUUUUUAAAAAUCCAUUCUUUUCCAAAUGCACUUUCUAACUUUUUGCUUUUAAAAUAGUUUCUUGGAACCAAUUUUGUUGUGUUUGUACUUAAUUUUUGUUCUCAUCCAAAUGUGCAUUUUCUGACUGUAUAGAAAAGCUUUGUUAUGUAAUUUAAUAAUAAAUUAGAAAUCUAAAU